AUGAUAUUUCGAUCUCUUGCAGUUUUCCUGGUAUUGUCAGUCUCGAGAGGAUUGACCCUACAAUGCGACCUUAACGAAUUUAAUAAAUGUCUUUACAAGGAGCAAUUUGCAUACCUCGACAGUGACAGCAGUCUGGACCGAUUUGGGAAGCUGAAUUGCCAAUUCUGGCCUGACAGCGCGGCCAAUUGCUCGGAAUGCGUGAAAGCAUACGCAAAUUAUCGUCAGGAAAAAUUUUGCAAUGGCCGAGAAUUCGUGGAGAAGAAGGCAAACGACGCCGAAAACCAGCGGAAUCAACUCCAGAAUAACUGCGGAGCCUUCCAAACAUUCGUCGACUGUAGCGUGGCGGAACGUGACGUCAAG